UCUGACCACAUUGUUAUGUAAUACAAACCAUGAACCAGUCCACAUGGAUCGAGUGGAAGACUCUGAAUGCGACUAGUAGCGUUGGGAAUGUGUCUGCUCACCACUCCUGCCCCUUUGGAUUUGGCCAAUACAACCCUAUUGACAUCUGUGUUCUUGAAACUAUAAUUAUUGUCUUACUAACAUUUUUGAUUAUUGCUGGUAAUUUGACAGUAAUUUGUGUCUUUCACUGUGCUCCGUUGUUACACCAUUAUACCACCAGCUAUUUCAUUCAAACGAUGGCAUACGCCGAUCUUUUUGUUGGAGUUAGCUGCUUGGUUCCUACUUUGUCGUUGCUUCACUACUCUACAGGUGUUCAUGAGUCAUUGACUUGUCAGAUUUUUGGAUAUAUCAUCUCUGUACUAAAAAGUGUUUCUAUGGCCUGCCUUGCUUUCAUUAGUGUGGACCGUUACCUUGCUAUCACGAAACCACUUUCUUAUAAUCAGUUGGUCACACCUUGCCGACUGAGAAUUUGCAUCGUUUUGAUUUGGCUUUACUCCUGCCUUAUCUUCCUGCCUUCCUUUUUUGGCUGGGGAAAGCCAGGUUAUCAUGGAGACAUUUUUGAAUGGUGUGCAGCCUCGUGGCUAACGAAUGCUUAUUUUACGGGCUUUAUUGUAUGCUUACUGUAUGCUCCAGCUGCUUUCAUAAUCUGUUUUACUUAUUUCCACAUAUUUAAAAUUUGCCGGCAGCACACCAAAGAGAUUAAUGACAGGAGAGCUCGCUUUCCUAUUCAUGAAGUGGAUACCGCUGCAGAAAAUGGGCAUAGUCCAGAUCGGCGCUAUGCUAUGGUUUUAUUUCGUAUCACCAGUGUGUUUUAUGUGCUGUGGCUACCAUACAUCAUCUAUUUUAUGCUCGAGAGCUCUAGGGUGCUGGACAAUCCAGCACUUUCUUUUUUAACAACCUGGCUUGCUAUAAGCAAUAGUUUUUGUAACUGUGUUAUAUAUAGCCUCUCAAAUAGCGUUUUCAGGUUGGGACUUUGGAGAUUGUCAGAGACAGUGUGUUCAUCAUGUAUAUGUAAAAAGGACAGUAUUGUUCAAGAUCCGGUUCCUAGAAAACGGGCAAACUCCUGCUCCAUCUAAGGAGAACUAAGACUGUCAAUCAAAUAAAAUUGGCUAUAUAAGCUAGGUAGUAUUUCAUAUUUUGCAAUGUUGCCAAAACAGAAAUGCAACACCCAUUCUCUGUAAAUUGUAUUAUGGUUUGAAAAUGACUUGCAAGAGCAUGUGUUGUUUUAAGGAUGAAUUAUUGAAGAAUACUGAAAUUGUUAGAAAUGGAGUUUUGAUAAAAUGUUUGUGUAUGAAUGAGACUAAUCAAUGUAAGGGGAUGCUUCAGCAGAAUGAAUUAAACAGUUCAGAGCUGAGUAACAAUAGCAACAUUGUCACAUAUUAUAUAUGUGGAUGAAUAUGUAGUAAUCUGUUGUAUUAAGAUACAUUUUGUUUAAAGAAGUAAUUUAUGAUAUAUCGGCUAUGUUUUAGUAGAUAUAAAAUAAAUGUUUUAGUAUAAGACAGCUUCAUUCUUGUAGUUUGGUCUUUUAUACAGAAAUGUUUUUUAAAAUGGCUGUAGUUUUGGAAUUAAAGAUAACUAUUUCUUUGCAACGAAAGUAUAUUUUAUUUUUCUAUGUAACAUGAAUGAAUGAUUUAUAUCUUGCUUCCUGCUCUCUUCGAAUCUGUGACUCUGCUAUUUAGAUCUAUAGUUUAUUUUAGAGACAGUUUGCCAGUGUAUCUCCCCUCCUUGCACUCAGAACUGCCAUAGUGCCAACUUGAGCAUGCACUAAACCAGGGGUCCUCAAACUUUUUAAGCAAAGGGCCAGGUCACAGUCCCUCAAACUGUUGGAGGGCCGGAUUACAAUUUGGGAAAAAAAAGAUAAAUGAAUUCCUAUGUACACUGCACAUAUCUUAUUUGUAGUGCAAAAAAAACACUUUAAAACAAUACAAUAAUUAAAACGAAGAACAGUUUUAACAAAUAUAAACUUAUUAGUAUUUCAGUGGGAAGUGUGGACCUUCUUUUGGCUGAUGAGAUAGGAUUGUUGUUGUUGUUUGUGCUUUCAAGUCCUUUCAGACUUAGGUUGACCCUGAGCAAGGGCCGGGUAAAUGACCUUGGAGGGUCGUAUCCGGCCCCUGGGCCUUAGUUUGAGGACCCCUGCACUAAGCGAGUAAUCUGUAGGUUUAAUGUGACUUCUGUUCAGUGCCAACUGAGAUCAAAAGCAAUUUUUGUAGAUGAUAGCUUUUUGAGAGAUUAUACCUUGUGAGUGGAGUAGAAUAGUCAAGUCAUUGAAAUUAAUUUGCAUUUUCUAAUAGCUGCUGAAUUAGUGCAAAUUUGUGGUGUCUUUUCCAGCUAAUGUAAUGGCUUCCUAAGUUAAACAUGUAGUAAUAGCAAUGUAAAUUAGCUGGCAUUUCAGUAUGUGAAUUCAUCAAAGUAGGACCCAUUAUACUUACAGUGAUUAUAGUGAUUACUAUAUGGAUUUAGCAUGUAUAGAACACUGUGUAUUUUUAAUAUAUAUAUAUAUAUUGUAUUCUCCACCUUUUAAGUGGGAUAAAUAAAUUAUAAAUAGACUCUAGAAAUAUCUUUUGUAGUGUUGCAUGUGCAUUGCACAAUCUUAACAAUGUGAAAAUACUGAAUCUAAGUAAGAAUUUUGUUAUUUUAAUAUAUACAGUAUAUAUAUUGUACAACCCUCAUAUCAAGAUUCCCUGUGAAUACCUGAAACUGGAUAAUAGCAAAACCUAUAUUUGAUUGUACUUGGACAUGAAGCAUCUCAUAGAAUCGCACUGGUGGGUCCAGAGAGGCCCACAAAUACCUCCAGCUGAAAUAUUUUUGGAGCAUUGGUAAGUGAAAAAGUGGACAUCAAAUCCAUGGAUAGGGGGAUCAUAUUGUACUUUAAAAGGAAGGGAAAAUAUUUUGAAGGGGAUUUGUACAAACAUUUUUGAUGGCCUAUUUAGGUCUGUGCAGCACAAUCCAUUAAAAUGUGGGAAUUUCGAUAUUUGUUCUAUUUUAAUGACAGUGUCAAGUUUGUGCUUAAAUCAUCCUCAUUUAAUUGAGUGGUGCUUGAAUGUAGUUAGCCUAGAACAAGUUGUGCUUAAUGUUAUUAGGAAAUUUAAUAAAUAUGGUUUUAGCCUGAGCUGUCACUUUCUACCUGUGUUCUGUA